CGCGCGGCCCGACCAUCUUCUGUUCCGGGUAUGGGGCCGGCCGGCCGCGCGCGUUGCCAUGGGAACGGUCGCACCUGGAAGCCGCACUUCGGCCGGGAGGUGUCCCUGUCCUGCUAUAGCCAUGGCACGGGAGACGGAGAACACCGACCCCAUCGGAUCCAUCCUCAUCCAGGUCCAUGAAGAUCUUCAUCAAUUAAAGGAGAAAUUAACAAAAUUCUCAACUGAUGAGAAGAGAGAACCUCUAGAUAUUCAGGAUCUUGAAACUGCAAUCCAAAGGACUGAAAUGGGGUUAAAAAUUCACAUUGAGAAGUAUUUAGAUGUUGUAAACCACCGAGUGUUAAUGGCUCCUGUGGAUGAGAACUUAGAUUCUCCUUUGACUUUCAAAUGGUUGCUUCCAACUGUAAUCGAUCAGAAAUCAUUUACUUUCCCUCUGGAGUCUGAGGGUAAACUCUGGCGACCCCAAAAGCAGCACAGCUCAUUCUCCCAGAGCCUUACAAGAGCAAAGCCAAAGACAGAGUUGAAUGUAAAAAUCUUGCGGGAUCCUGAGAACGUUCACCACAGAGCUGCUGUAAACAGGAACUAUGGGAUCAGCUUGCCAUAUAUUACUCAGAGAAAAUCACAUGAGAGGGUUCAAAGGUUAAUGAAAGGGACCACGAUCUCUGCCCUCACAGUUGUGCCAUCUUCUCAUUGCACCGAUCCCCAUUUUAUCACCGUACCAGUAUUGCACAAGGAUGCCAGUAAAGGGAUCUUAAGUAUGAUCGAACGAGGACUGAUUCCCCCAACAGCAAGGAUUACCUUUCAGAACCCACCCAUUAAACCCAAAGCAAUUCCUCUGCAUAGUUUUGAUGAACCUCGGAAGAUUUCAACAGAAGCUCCUUUCACUCUACCUCAGAAACCACACCUGCUUCCACAAGAAGUGCAGGUGCCUCACAAGAAACAAAAAAUCAAGGGGAAAGGCAGAAGGUCAAGAGGACACUGUGACAGGAAGGCCAUGAAAACCACUACACCUUCCAAGGCUAUGAAAUCACCAUGGGAUUACAACUUUUUUAUUUAUGAUGGCAUCGUAGACAAGACAGCCCCAGACUUCUUGGCAUUCAAGGCACACCAUAGCUUAGCCUGGGGGAGUAUCUUUUCUCUCCUGGAACAUGUGGAGAAGUUUCUCAGGGACUAUGCAAUACCAGAAGUCAAAAUAAAAGGACGGAGUUUAAUGGCCCUCCUUCCAGAGUUUGAGCUCAAGAAUAAAGUUACAAGGUCUGACCUUCUGUCAGUACUGGAGAACCCACUCCAUAUCCAGAUGCUGCUAAACCUCCCCGGACAGAGGUACAAGGGCCGAGGUGGAAAGUCAGAGGCUGCCAUCAAGAUCCAAGCCACAUGGAAAUGUUAUAAGGCCAGAAAAUUCUUCCUCUCUUACCGCCAACAGAAGUGGGCCUCAGGUGUGAUUGCCCUUGCAUGGCUUUUACAUUGCCACAAGACGCGACUGAAGAAGAUCCUGAAGGAAUCACGGCAGAGACACCUGGAGAAUUUCCGCAUCCGAGCCAAGCAUCUGGCAGCCAACUGGAAUCGCAUCAGGACCUCCAGGAGGACUAUUAUCCAUAUCCCAUCAUUAGGAUAUGCCCAGUCUGUGCGAAAGUGUAUCAGUGACUUCGACAUAGAACAAAACAUGCAGCUAGGGAGGCUAUGCGACAUCCAAGAUUCCAAUGUGAAUGUCAUCUACAUCUGCUCCCAUCCUAUGAAUGAUGAGUUAAAGCUGUAUUACAAAAAACUCCUGAGUCUACACGCAGCUGUCAAAUCAGGGAACUACGAGGACAGGAGUGACCUGCAGAAUAGGUUCAAAAUUAUCAUCCCUGAAGCUAUAAACUUCUUCACUAUGAUAGAACAGCUGAGCCAGCUAGUGACUGAUCACCUGCAAAUCCAACGCUGGGUCUUUAAAAUGAACAUGGAAUUUGGAGGAAAUGGAACAGCAUUUUGUGACAUUCCUUCACACCUACAAUGCUACAAAUGGGUGCUAAAGGAGAGUAACAGAUACGGCUGUGAAAACUGGACCAAGAAGUGGGCACAAGAGCCAGCUCUGGUGAAGAUCUCUGAGGAGCUGGCGGGCAUUUUAGCACAGCACGCACAGCCAGUCAAUGAGAAACAGUUCCCGACAUGGAGGAAAUUCCUCCAAACAUUUCUCACUCAAGGGGGCGUGAUCGAAGCUUACCCACCAGUGGACAGUGUCACCAACUUGACCGUAGACAUGUUGAUAGAGCCUGAUGGAGAAGUCAGAGUGCUGUCCACAGGGGACCAGUUUCAUGCUGAUGGCCCCUUUAUUUCUUCUGGCACCACUAUGCCUCAGACCUCAGUGGACCCCCAAGUUCUCAUUUCUUUGUGCCUCCAAAUUGGAAAUGCCUGCAAAAAGAAAGAUGUGGUUGGUUACUUUUCUAUAGAUCUGGUGACUUUUAUUGAUCCAAUCACCUUACAGCAGCAGGUAUGGGCAACAGAUCUCAGCCUCUCCUACAGUGACCAGCUGUCCUUGACUCAGCUCACCCUGUACCUGACAAAUGGCCAUCUGGAUUGUAGUUUGAGUACCCUGGAAGUGCCCUGCUUUGAUCAAGAUAAAGAAAGGAAAUUGAAGCGCCUUAACAUCCAGGAAGAGCUGAACAAUCGGUGUGGAUCUCCAGGGGGUCCUCAUGACCUUUGCUCGCAAUCUCUUCAUCAUCCAUCAAGAAAUAUCAGCACCUAA